AUGACUUCGCCUCAGCUCAAACGCUACGCCAUCGUCGGCAUGGGCGUCCGGUCCGAGUUCUACUACAAAAGCAUCAUCCAAGACUUCAAUGAGGUCGCCAAACUCGUCGCUAUUUGCGACACAAACCAGACCCGCAUGAAUGCCGCCAACGAUCAUAUGGUCGAGCUGGGAGGGUCGCGUUUGCCCACUUACAAGGACGCAGACUUCGACAAGAUGGUCCAAGAGCAGAAAGCAGAUGUCGUUAUUGUCACAACGAUCGAUCUCUUUCACCAUGUCUAUUGUAUCCGUGCCAUGGAGUUGGGCUGCGAUGCGAUUACCGAGAAGCCCAUGACCAUCGACGAGGAAAAGCUGCAGCUCAUGAUUGACGCCGAGAAGAGGACUGGAAAGCAGAUCCGAGUUCUCUUUAAUUAUCGCUACGCCCCUCACCACACCAAGGUUCGAGAGCUUAUUGACUCCGGUGUCAUUGGCGAGAUCUCAACCGUCCAUAUGGAUUGGAUCCUCGAUUGCGCACAUGGAUCCGACUUCAUGCGCCGUUGGCACCGGAACAAGGAGACUAGCGGAGGCAUUCAGAUGCACAAGUCGAUUCACCAUUUCGACCUGGUCCACUUCUGGUUAAACACUGAACCUGAACUGGUCUACUGCAUCGGCGAUCUGAAGUUUUACGGAAAAGAAAACGCGCAAAGACGGGGCGUUCAAAAUCUCGGAGAACGUUAUCUUGGCAACGAUGAUGCCAAGAAUGACCCGUUUGCUUUUCAGAUCGAUGAGAGCGAUCGCCUGAAGAAACUCUACUUGGACGCUGAGCAUGAAGACGGCUAUAUCCGGGACCGGAAUUGCUUCGCUGAAGGCAUAACCAUCGAAGACAACCUCUCCAUGAUCAUCAAGUACAAGAACAGCGCUGUCAUGACGUACAACACCUACGCAUAUGCGCCAUGGGAGGGUUACCGCUGCGUCUUCAACGGAAGCAAGGGCCGAAUUGAGAUCAACGUUGUGGAGAGUGGUUAUUCGGCAGGCGGCGAGCCGGUCGCCAAGGAGAGCGAUAGUGGCAAGGACCAGCCCUACAUCCAAGGAGGUGUUGAGAACACAAAGAUUGUCGUGUACCCGUUGUUCGAGGCUCCGUAUGUGGUGGAUGUUGUCAAGGCAGAAGGCGGACAUGGCGGUGGUGAUCCUGUUCUUUUGCGAGAUGUCCUCGUUGGUGACUUGAAGGACAACUUCAAACGGGCUGCCUACAUCCGCGACGGCGGCAAUGCGGUCUUGGUGGGAGUUGGUGCGAAUCAUUCCAUGAAGACUGGUUUGCCGAUUAAAGUACAGGAUUUGGUCCGCUGGUAA